AAAAUGGAGACUUGUGAAUAAACAAUGGCUGUGGCUUAGUUCGCCUCCCAGGACUGGUGUACAAAGAGGAGGCACAGAGAGAGAGAGUGAGAGAGAGAGAGAGAGAGAGAGAUAGAGGUCUGAGGGAUUCAAUAUCAUAGCAACAGACCACAGAUCCCUCCCCUUCCACUCAUUUCCCAUUGCUGGCCUGAACGUGAUGAGGAGGAGGGAGGAGGAGGCUCCUGGAGCAGGUGCACACGUUCCACAGGGAUACAAAACCUUCCUACGGGAAAGCUGCUGCCUCACUGCCUCAGACACAGCUGACGGUAGUCCUUAGCGUCCCCCCCCCCACACACACAGGUUAGCGAGCACCCAGGGGCUGCCCAAGGAGCGACAACCCAGAGCCAGACAGAGAAGAGAGGGGGAAGGACCACCUGUCGCCAAACUCCAGAGGAGGACAUCCAGCGACUGGGAGAGGAGAGUAACAAAGACCUGGAGUAUACAUUAGGUCUGUGGUUCUCACAACAGAGCUCAGGGCUGGUGGGCUUUUCCCAACAUAGACUGCUCAGAGUUACAAAGGAGGAGAGGAGAGACGGAGCGAGAGAAUGGCCAACGGGGGGCUGGAGAUCGGGGCACUGUGCCUGACGCUCAUCGGCCUCAUCGGCUGCGGGGCCAGCACGGGCAUGCCGCAGUGGCGCGUGACGGCCUUUAUUGGCGAGAACAUCAUCGUCAUGGAGUCGCGCUACGAGGGUCUGUGGAUGAACUGCUUUCGGCAGGCAGAUAUCCGCAUGCAAUGCAAGGUGUACGACUCGCUGCUGGCGCUGUCCCCCGACCUCCAGGCGGCCCGCGGGCUCAUGUGCUGCGCAGUUGCGCUGGGCGGCCUGGGCCUCCUCGUCAGCAUCAUGGGCAUGCAGUGUACGGGCUGCAUCCGUGACAACGACAGCGCCAAGCGCAUGGUGCUCAUCGUCGCCGGCUCCAUGGUGAUCUGCUCAGGCAUCUGCUGCAUCAUCCCCGUCUCGUGGACGGGUCACGCCAUCAUCCGCGACUUCUACAACCCGCUUCUGCUCGACGCGCAGCGCCGCGAGCUCGGCGAGGCGCUCUACAUCGGCUGGGUGGCGGGGGCCUUUCUGUUUGCCGGCGGCUGCGUGUUUCUGUGUACCAGCGCGCCGCGCGACGACGAGGACCCUCGGAAGCCCCAGUACCAAUGGAGCGGGCCCCCUAUGUCCUACACACCGCAGCCACUGCUGCCCGCGGCACUAGUCCCCAGGCAACAGUCCAUGUACAGCUACCCGUCCCAGCAGCCCUCCGUGCAGUACUCCAGACAGCCCUCUGUGGAGUACUCCAGACAGCCCCCCGUGCAGUUCUCAACACAGCCCUCCAUGCAGUUCUCCAGACAGCCGUCUGUGCAGUACCCCAAACAGCACCCCGUGCAGUUCUCCAGACAGCCCUCAUUUCAGCAGUCUAGCCAGUCAUCCAUGCAACCAUCCAGGCAGCCGUCUCUGCAGCCUGUCAGGUAUCCGUCUAUCCACAGCAAAGUUGCCUAUCUGUAGAUGUCCAGCACCAGUUACAAACCACAUUGAGCCAUAGUACGAUGAAGAAUUGGAAACAUGGAACCAUAGUAUGAUGAAGAAUUCUGCCUGGAAUGGAUAUUUUCUUUGUCCUUUAUUUCAGCUUGAAUGAAGAAAUUAUUACUUUUUAGUCUUACAUUUCAACAUUGAAAAUGUACUCCUAUUUGAUGAAAAGAUUGUAUUUCUGAUAUUCUGCUUACACAGUUGAUUUUUUUAUAAACACUAAUAAAUAUUGGCUGCCAUAGUAUUCCAAGAGGAAAUUUAACAUGAUAUUUGGUAAGUUGAUAAUCAAUUGUCAGUUAAUGUGCACAUUUCAUUGAAGUUCGUGAAUGACGAUGCCCACUUUAUUGGUUCAACACAAAUACGUACAAAACAAGCCACUGAUAUUUGAUAUGGCAUUAAGUUUACAGAAUACUCCAUACUUUUGAGUUCAAAUAAACACUUUUCUUAAAAGAAAGAAAAGAAAGACUAGUGACUUAACAGAAUGUUUUUUGGCAGAGCUACAUGCAGGGAGAAUGGUGAGUUGGCAAGUCUUUGUUUUCCUUCUCUAUGUCUUCAGUUUUGUUUACGGGAGUGUCAUAGUGAUCUCUAUGCCCUAAGGCCCCAGUACCUGUGGAAGCCAAGUCUGGAUCACAUGACAGUUGUUGUACAACAAAGUGAAUGAAAAUGGUACAUGUUUACUGCAGCUGUAUUGCCUCAAUGUUAUAUUUCAUAAUGUUGGAAUGAAUUUCCAUGGAUCCUUAAAAAUCUCUUCAAAAGGGUAGUUGUCUGCGGCAGGACACAUUUAUAUAGUACUUCCUUGUAGAGACAAAGUAUUAUGUGACCAAAGCAACAGAGCCUGGGGCAACAUCCUGGUGUGUGUCACACACUCACUCACACACACACACACACACUCACACAAACACACACACACAGAUACAUACCACUUAAAAGGGAACUGGCCAUACUGGGACAAAAACAUGUUAGUGGAUAGUUUGACCUUUUUGGGUAAAAACAAACGGCAUACUGGCUGAAAACGGGCCUGAAAUAACAACAGGUCGCAUAUAUAGCAUUAGUGUAUACAACUCAUAUAAAGAGUUAGUGACAAGUGAGGGAUCAAACAGGAGAACUGGGCGCUCCCAUUUCUAUGGCUAUUUGUUUAAAGAUCACAAACAGUGGCACUACAGAGUGUGUCUUGUAUGGCUUGAAAAAACAUGGCAUCAGUGUAACACUCCCAAUAGUUUGUAUACAGGGAAAAGGAGGGGAAGUUUUAUAUGUACUCAAUGGUCUAUAGAUUAAUGUUAAUGUUAUUGUAUGUAAAACUGAAUGGAAAAUAAAGUUUCACACAUAAAUUUACUUA